UUGGUGUACGUGUCGAUGAUGGUGGGGGCUUUCGUGUGGGGCAGCCUGGCGGAUAAGAUGGGCCGUAGGAAAUGUCUGAUCUACUGUCUGGUCAUCGACUGUGUCUUCAGCUUCCUGUCCUGCUUCGCUCAGGGAUACGGAUUCUUCCUCUUCUUCAGGUUCUGCUCCGGCUUCGGGAUCGGAGGGACUGUCCCCAUCGUGUACACCUACUUCGCAGAGUUCCUCCAGAUGGAUAAGAGAGGGGAGCACCUUAGCUGGCUGUGUAUGUUCUGGAUGUUCGGUGGGCUCUACGCCUCCUUCACCGCCUGGGGAAUCAUCCCUCACUACG